GCUAAGAGGAGUGCAAUAAAUAGCACUCAGACCCCGUUCUUCUUCUCACACCAUCAUUCCAACAACUUAUUUUGAGAACUUGGCCAUGGCAUUCAGCGGCGCUCAGAUUCUCACUGCCUUCACCCUGGGCUUUCUUCUCAUGGCCUUCUGUGCGGAGGCUCGCCUAUGCACGGCCCCUAGCAAGUGGGGCCAAAUGAGCAUUUGCAAGACCACGGCCUGCAUCGGGGCCUGUCAGUACGAGAACUUCAAGGAUGGGUACUGCUCCAGCAACGACGGCAACUACUUUCACAUACCUAAGAGAAAGACGUGCAUGUGUAGAUAUGAAUGCAGGAAAAACCCCACCACCACUGUCAGAACCUACGUGCCUAAGCCACCGGGUGAACCCGAGGUGCCCGAUCCUAAGAAGAAGUCGCCGCCAUAUGAACGUGAUGUGCCGGAGCCGCCCGCGGGAGAAAACAAGAAGAAAAGCUUCCGCCAGCUGCCAACCAGUGAGCAAAUGGUCUAGUCCGCCCGUCCGUGGAAAAUGAUUUCAAUAAGAGAGGAGUCAAUCAAUGCUUGACUUGUACAUAUGCAUAAUUGAUUGCGUGAGAGUAAUAAAAAUCUUAGUACUGUUAAA